UCCAUGCGUGAGGAGGAGAUACCGAAGACUUUUCACGUGUUACGGGUUGGCUGAUGGUGUUGCUUACCAGUCCGUACUGAAGUAUAAAACAAAGCUGACAGUUGGUUUGAUAUUUUUUGGGGUAGUUUAACUACUAACGGGUUGCAGAUUCUUAUAGGAGAGUCGUCAGUUGGGAUCUCUGUAAAUUAACGUAACGAUGGCAAAAGAUAAAGCUGCAGUCAAAGACAAAAAAACGAGAUAAAGAAAAGAAGCAAAGCCUUGAAGAGGUGACCAAGGUGGUGGCCACGGAUGAGGAGGUCAUGAAUAAGGAAGGGGAGCCCAUUUCCACCAAGAAAAAGAAAAGAAAAGAAAAAGAGGUGGUCGAAGACGAUAAUGAGCAAAGUGACAUCAUUGAGAGUGAAGCGAUAAUGGAAAAAGGAGAAAAGAAGAAAAAGAAGAAAAGCUCCUGUGACCACCACAUAGCCACAGAAAACAGAGAGUCAAACAUGGAAACGGACAUCAUUGUAAUAGAGGAGGACCCUGCAGGUACUGAGGUGAAGAAGAAGAAGAAGAAGAAGAAGAAAAGCUCCUGUGACAUCAGUGCCCUUGAUGCCGGUGACCAAGUCAUAGCCACAAAAAACAGAGUGUCAAACAUGGAAAUGGACAUCAUUGUAAUAGAGGAUGACCCUGCAGGUACUGAGGUGAAGAAGAAGAAGAAGAAGAAGAAGAAGAAUGAAUUGCAAAGUAAACAGGGCAUCAAUUCUGAAGAGGAUGUACUACCAGACUGUGAAGGUGGAGAGAAGAAAAAGAAUGGGGAGGCAUUAACAACUGUAAAUGAUUGUGACAUUUCUGGCUUUGACUCUGCAGAGAAAGACUCGGUGGAAACACUAAAAAAGACAAAGAAAAAGAAAAAAAGAAAAGCUGACGAGAAUAACGGUGACAUUGAAAAGAAUGGGUCUGAGAACACUAACGGACAGAAGGCAGACAUUGAGGGAAGCGUCACUGUUGAAGACAGAAAGAAAGAAAAGAAGAAGAGAAGAAAACAUGAUGGCCUAGAAGAAGAUGCAUGCUUAACAAGUACCAUUAAACAAACGGAACACAAGAAAGAGAAAAAGAAUAGGAAAGAUAGCAGUCAUGUGGAGGAUAUGACAAACACUGCCACAGGAUCCCAACUAGAAAUACUAGAAGAGAAACCAAUGGAUGGCAAGACAAAAAAGGGGGAAAAGAAAACAGAUAUUUCUGAAGCACAUGAGCUGGAGAACAACCACAUGCAAGGGGGAAAGAAAAAACAGAAAAAGAAAAAGGCUAAUGAAGUGGAACCAACUCAACAGCUUGUUGACAACGAGAAGCAUGAGGGAGAAGCCACUGGAACUGAAGCUGUAAACAGGAAGAAGAGAAAAAAGAACAAAAAUGAUCCUGCAAAGACAGAAGUAGAGACACCAACACCAAAGACACGUGUAGAGACACCAACACCAAAGACACGUGUAGAGACACCAACACCAAAGACACGUGUAGAGACACCAACACCAAAGACACGUGUAGAGGUAGAGACACCAACACCGAAGAAGAAACAGAAAAUAUCUGAAGAGAGCACUCCAGCAAAGACAGUCAAAAAGGAAGAGUCUGUAGAGGAACAUCAAGAGGUGACUGAGGUGGUCUUUUUGUCAGAGAAGCCUGGUAACCAGGAUGAAAUUUUGAUUAACCAGGAAAGACGGUUGGCCCUGCAAAGAGAAAUUGACGAGGAAUCACAGCCAAAAUCUACUUUUGGACAGUGGAGCACUGCCACCUUUGACAGUUCAGACCAACAGCAGAAGUUCUUGCGACUGAUGGGUGGCUUCAAGAAAGGCAAUCAGCCAGCUGCGUCAGGUGUUGGACGGCCAAACAUGGCUCUGGGGAAGGAGGAACAACAGAGCCUGCAGCAGAAACUCCUGGGACAGUUUGAGCGUGCGCAAAAUCGUAGAAUGGAUUUUACAAGCAAAGGAGCAGGACUUGGAUUCACUGCGCCAAGCAAUAAGAAGUUCUCGAUCGAUGUGAAUGCCAGCCGCUCAGUUAAAUUUGAUGACUGACUAUGCACACAUGUCCCUUCAUUCAGUUUGAUGGGACUGAAAUGUAACUCUGGGUUAAGAUGACCUGAUGUUUUCCUGGCUGACUGAAAACAAGUAAUCGUUCUACUGAAUAGUAGAUCUUUGUACUGCACGUCAACUAAUGGGGUCUCGUCAGUCCAGGCUGUUGGCACGGUUGUGAAGCAGGCCUUUGCAGGCGUCUCAGGAAUCCUUUUCAGCUACGUGAGCCUAGUUCCCAUGGACUAUCCUGCUACAUCAAAAGGACAUUCUUUUGAGUGCAGUGGCAACAUGUUGUAUGACUGAAUUUUAUGUUUCUGUAAUGAAUAUUUGUAAACUACAGUGCUAUAAAAAUCAGUCAAAUCAU